CGAUUCUUCACUUAUCACACAUAUAUAAUAUGGAGUCCCAUUCCUAUUGGCCAAAAAAGUCAUUGGCUGAUCUGAAAAGUUUAAGCAAAGAGUUGAAUCGCGGCCAAGAAUUCGCAUACAAGCUAAGAGAGGUGAUAUUAAAGAAACCACUAGAAAAUGGUGGCAAGAAUAUGUUAGCUGAAGAUUUGGUGGGGAAAAUCAUGGAUUCAUUUUGCAAUACACUCUCAAAAAUAAACUCUACAAAGUCCAAUGAAUCAGUUUCUCAGGUUCCGUUGGCUGUUUUGCCUUGUCGGAAAUCCCCGGAAGAGUCAACGGGCAGUUGCAUGACUUCAUCACUACAAGAUGGAAGAGGAUGCAACAAGAGAAGGAAAAUUCCAGCAAAAAACGUAAAAGAAACCUCAAGUUUGGUGGAUGAUGGACAUGUUUGGAGAAAGUAUGGUCAGAAACAGAUCCUUAAUGCCCCGUAUCCAAGGAGCUAUUAUAGAUGCACCCAUAAAUUUGAUCAAGGAUGUGAAGCAACUAAACAAGAGCAAAGAAUUCAAGCCAAUCCACCAAGAUUUCGGACCAUGUACCAUGGUCAACACACAUGUACAACUUACCCCACAGUUUCCCAAAUUCUCUUAGAUUCUCAGAAAAAUCAUGAUGAUUCUUCAAUCUUGUUGAGUUUUGAUUCCAAUACUAAUUAUUACAAUUACAAUCCUUAUUUUCCAACAUUUCCUUCAACAAAAAAGGAAAUCAAAGAAGAGGUCUCCUUAACUUGCUCCUACCCUAAUCAACACCAAAUCCAAUCAUCAAGCUCCAACUAUUUUCCCUCAUUCGAAUAUGAUUAUUUGACUCCGGCAGCUGAGACUUCCGGCCAUGUUAAGGCGGCGUUAUCAUCAGAAUCAGAUAAUGGAAAUUUUAUCUCAUCUGGAUCAGUCUAUUCUUCUUCUUAUACUAGCACUAACAGUUUAGAGAUGGAGAUGGAUAUGAGGGCUGGCUUAAUUGAUUUUGAGGAUCUGCCUUUUCAAUUUAAAAUGUAGAGUUUUCUCCUAGUUAAUUUCUUUUGAAGCAGAACGAGAUAGAGCUAGAUCUAAGACGAAUUUUGUGGGUUCAAUUAAACUCAUUACUUUCGGCUCUAGUGACAUAGACGUAUGUAAAAGAAUUACAACAUGUAAUAAAUUUUUCAUCCUCACUCACUAACUC